AUGUGCAAGAGGCAUUGGACAACCGGCUGGCGUCACGAGACGCAACCAGCAUAUGCCUGGGAAGCCGAAGAAGAAGGGCAGCCUUGGAAAGGCUGGGAAUCGCCCCGUUCGGGGCGCCAGGCAUUGAAGCCUGCAAGAAGCAAGAGCAAUCGAGCCAGGAAAGGUCGUGGAAAGGGUGCGACUGGGGGAAACGAGACGUUGCAGCCAUCCCCUUUUGCAGCACCGGCACAGAUACCUCCGUGGCCGUCACCAGAUGCAAGUUUUGUGGCGAGCAAUAUGCCCAGCAAGGGUCAAGCCAGUUCUGCAUCUGUCCCAGCCAGCGAUCUUUUGAUCGCUGUACGCAAGCAGUAUCCAGACAUUUCCAAGGCACCACCCGAGGUGAGGGAGGCAGUGGAGAAAGAAGAAGCCAGCAAUUCCCAAAGAAUUGGAGCCGAUCUUCACCGAACCUCAUCCCAGAUCAACAAAGCCACCAAGCAACUGAACCAGUUGAGGGAAGCUCGCCGCCGGCACAGGGAACAGUGGCUGCGACACCUCAAGGAUUCUAUCACCGCUUGGGAGAAUCAGAUGAAGGCGUUUCAAGAUCAACAGAAACAAUAUAUCGAUCAGACAAACAAGGCAAAAGCGGAGUUAUCAGCUGCCAGAAGGAAUCUACAAACGCUCAACAAGCUUGCAGGACUGCAAACCAGUGUGAAGCCCGAACAUGCAGAGAGCCAGGAUCUAGAGGAUGGCCCAGGAGACCUGGAUGCAACAGAGACUGCACUGACAAAGCAGGUACAAGAUUGUUUGAAGCAGGCAGCAGCGAUUGUCAACCCGCUAGAUGUCCACGAUAUCAUGGACUCAGACGAAGAAGGAGAGGACGCACCCAAAACCAAGCGGCAGCGAUCAUUGGAGCCAUUUGGACAUCAAGCUUCUCUGGCGCCGCAGGCAUCUGGAGCUGCAGAAGGAUCGAUGUGA